GAAUCACAUUUUGGCCUUUAAAAAAAAAACUUUAGCACCAUGCUUGAAGCGGCGGUUAUUUAAUUGUUAACGGAACCAUCGUAGCCCCGUUUGGAUUCUUGUUGUGCGACGUGAAGUUCUUAGAUUAUUUUCCUGAGAAGACCUGCGGAGCAACGAUGAACACCCAUACGCCUUUGGCUCUUCUUCUCAUCUCAUUUCUUCUUCUCUUCAGCUUGAUUUCCGUCAAACCGGAGGUUAUAACCCUAAAACCCGAUACCUUCACCGACAAGGUGAAGGAGAAAGAUACUGCAUGGUUUGUGCAAUUCUGCGUUCCUUGGUGUAAGCAUUGUAAGAAUUUGGGAUCACUAUGGGAGGAUCUAGGGAAGGAGAUGGAAAAGGAAGACGAGAUAGAAAUUGGACAAGUGGAUUGUGGGGCAAGUAAAUCAGUAUGUACAAAAGCUGAUAUUCAUUCGUACCCUACAUUUAAGAUCUUCUAUGAUGGUGAGGAGGUUGCAAAAUAUCAAGGGUCAAGGGAUGUUGAAUCGCUCAAGACAUUUGUUUUGGAAGAGUCAGAAAAGGCGGCAGCAAAGGCACAGAAUGAUGGUGACAAAGAAUUGUGAAUAUUUACUGGUUACAAGGCUUCGAUAGGAACCAGCGAGGCCAUCAAUGCGUCACAAACACGAGGCAGGAAAUGGAAGAAACAAUGACUUUGCAUGAACUUGAGAGAGAAAAAAAAUUGCCACUUCCCAAUUCUUGAUUGCAUCUUUUUAAUGUGGCAGGUAACAACCCAGCCAUACUCUUACAGGUAAAAGGGAAUUUUGAUCAUAUCAAAAGGUUUAUAAACUAAUGGCAUCCUGUUUGUGAGGACCUUCUAGGCAUACUUUUUCGUAAAAAAUUCUGUUGAUGUUAUUGAAUGCUAAAUGUUCAAUUUGCUGCAUUUUUGGGUUAA